CUGAGGAGGACAUAUUCAGCAACAAUGAGGAAAGUUUUGAGUUCCAGGAAUUCCUUCGGCUCUUGGGCGAUCAGAUCCAACUUCAGAAUUUUAUGGGCUUUCGAGGGGGUCUGGACACCAUCUUCGGCCAAACCGGAUCAGAAUCACGAAAUUCCACGGCAAUGAGAUUAUGUUCCAUGUGGUCACAAAGCUGCCUUUCACCGCGGGAGACCCUCUGCAGCUGCAGAGGAAGAGACACAUCGGGAACGACAUAGUGGCGUUAAUAUUUCAGGAGGAGGGGGCUGUCUUCUGCCCCGAUAUGAUUACGUCCAACUUCCUCCACGUCUACAUCGUAGUGCGAGCGGAGCGCGUGGACACGAGAGAGAGAGUGUACAGGGUCUCGGUCACUGCCCGUGAUGGCGUUCCCUGGUUCGGACCCGCGGUCCCCAAUCCAGCCAUCUUCCCUGAGGGACCAGAGUUCCGUGAAUUUCUGUUGACGAAACUCAUCAAUGCGGAGUACAGUAGUUACCGAUCGGAGAGAUUCUCAGUGCUCGAGGAGCGGACCAGGAACACCAUCUUGUCGAACCUUUGCCAGGAGCUGCACGAGAGGACGCGGGCCAUGCUGGGCUCCGAGCUGGAGGAGAAGGGAGACGGAGCAGAGCGAGGCUUCCUCGAGAACUUCAAGAGAGCGAUCCGGGGCCGGAGUCACUCGUUCGAGACGGCUGGGGUGCAAUCGCGGCGCAGCGCGGGGACCGAGAGCAGCCUCGGCCAG